ACCUGGGGUCCGUUUCACAAAGCAGGUUCAAUAAAACUCUGAGUCUAACCCUGAACUCUAUUUGAUCUACUCUGAGAUAGGAAACUCUGUGUUUUCGGUUCCACAACAGCUGAUUUGAGUUAGUUAAAUCAACUUGGAGUAGUUUCACCUGGGGUUAAGUGCGUGCACCACAACUUUAAAAAGACAACAUCAAUGGAACCCCGAUUCGACGAGUCACCAUGGCAAAGGAGAAGAAGAGGGCGGCAUUUUUCACCCCACUGGAACUGGACAUCCUUAUUCGCUCAUAUGGCGAGUUUGAGCAUGUUUUUAAAAAAAAAAAAGCAACACCGCUGCAGGUGCCAAACAGAGGGAGACGGCAUGGGAGAACAUUGCGGCUCGGGUCAAUGCGUGCAAUCACGCGGGGGAGAAGCGCACCUGGCUGCAGCUUAAGAUGGAAAUAUAAAAACAUUGUUCAAACAGACUUCUACUCAGCCAACAGAAAGAAAGCAGAUGCCCGUAAAACGGGUGGCGGCCGAGCACCGCCACCUCUAACGGAGGCAGAGGCGCUGGCCCUGAGACAGAAUUUUGGAAGGCCAGCGACUGAGGGAAUCCCUGGAGGGAGCUCAUCCUCUGAGCCCACCCCCCAAGACACAAGUGCCUUUAUAACAUAUUCUGAUGGUGCUAUCUGCCUGGUGGAGCCCCCUCACGCCACAACAGACCUUGUAACUGAUGAAGAGUGCGAGGAGACUUUGUCUGCUGCCUUCACAGAGGGGGAACCAGAAAGGCCUGUAGAGGGCAUGGCUGGGAAGCAGCAGGAGGGUCCCUCAACUUCAACUGCACAGAUUGACACCUUACCAGUUAAAGAUAUCUAUAAAAUAUUUCUGCUGAAAUAAAUUGAAAAAAACGACAAAGAAAUGCAGUUCUUGGACCGCCAGAUGAGAAGGGCAGAUCUCGAAAUUGAAUUACUAGAGCACAAGUUAGAGG